AUAAUUUCCCAUGAUUCAGAGCUGCGGGUCUUUCAAACAUGGAGGAAGGAGAGAGAAAAAGGGGACUAGAACAGAAUCCUGCGCGAGAAACGGGUUCGAGCAGCAAUGUUGCGGAAAGGGGGCACGACAGGAGUGUCGAACAAGACGAGAUUGACUCCCAGCUGGACGUCAGUUCCGAUAAUUUUGAUCCUUUGGUUGCGCUCUACUCCCCGCAGGUUCCACUGCCUUUCCCCGACAUUAAGUGCUUCAACAACAUCGCCGAGUAUGAAAGUUUCCUGAAAGGAGGCCGCGGUCGGGCCAAGCCGGAGAACGUGGAGAAACGGCUCCGGAAGGCGAGGAAAGGCGUCCCGGACCCAGAGAGGAUAGAGCGGCUGAAAAAGCUGAUGGUAAACGCGGAACCGGAGGAAGGAGAGAGCGGCGGUCGCAAGAGGCCUCCCCGAAAACAGAAGGCACCAAAAAAUAUUCUGACAAGGAUGCCCCUGCAUGCAGGUAGUCCACUGGGAGAACUGCAUCGCUGUGUCCAGGAGAGGAUCCGGGUCAAAGUUCACAUCCGCACCUUCAAGGGGCUGCGCGGGGUGUGCUCCGGCUUUGUGGUGGCUUUCGACAAGUUCUGGAACAUGGCGAUGGUGGACGUGGACGAGACGUACAGGAAGCCGCUCCUGGGAGACGCCAUUCACCACGAGCGAGCGCUCACCGUCACCAGGCUCUUUGACCAACUGAAGCUGCAGGAGAGAGGGAACACCAACGAGGCGGGGUCUCUCGAACCCGAGCCCCCCCGCUCAGACGCUGCAGGGGACGGUUCCGCCCCACCCCUGCGCCGCUCCCCCAGGAAGGGCGUGGGGGGGUACCCCAGGGUGUCCCGGUCCGAUCGGGGGGUGCCAGGGCGGGACAGAGAGGUCCAGGGAGCGGGUGCUAAGGGCCCUAGCUCCGGAGCGGAGAACCGGUCCAGUAAAAACGAGCCCGGGUCCAGGGUGGACUAUCAGAGGGUGCACACGCGACACAUAAACCAGCUCUUCAUCCGCGGAGAGAACAUCCUGAUUAUUAACCUGCAGCAGUGACACAAACCUCACCUCUGCGUAACCGAGCGGUUCCUGCCACAGCUGUGUGGAGGCCAGACCCUGUCCAUGCGCCUCUUUAAAAGACCUGGGUGUACACGUGUGUAUGUAAAUACACACACGCACAGGUACACACACACACAGCCACUGUAGCUUUCCAUUCAGGAAUGAGUUAUCUUACUUUCCUGCAUCAGGAAAAUCACUUUUUUUUUGCCUCUACACAGAGUUGUUGAAAAUAAAACUUAUAAAAUGUCCUGA